AUGUUAUUUGUCCUCAGGGAGUCCUUGGGAUUGCAAGUCGUACGUAACGAGCCUUUUCCAUAUGGAGCUUGCAACUUAUCCUCCCUCGGUGACACUGAAUGGGAAUUACCACGAGCAAGUCUGAAUGUAGAGAAGGUCAUUGGACGUGGUGCAUUUGGCGUGGUCUCACGAGGCUUGGCGUUAGACCUGCCGGGAAAACCAGGAUGGACUGUGGUAGCAGUGAAGAGCGUUCAAGAGGAUGCCUCUGAAAAAGAGAAGAGAGACCUGUUGUCUGAGAUGUCAGUCCUUAAACACCUUGAUCCUCACCCUCACGUCAUUCGCCUGUACGGCUGUGUUACUACUGAAGCCCGGCCCCUCGUAGUUGUCGAGUAUGCGCAGUAUGGUGACUUGCUUGGGUUUCUCAGGAAGAGCCGAGGAGUUCGAGAUAACUAUUACAGUGAUCCCUCGUUCGAACCUCGCACCGACCUUACCUCCAAGCAGCUCCUACGGUUCGCAUGGCAGAUCAGUGAUGGAAUGGACUACUUGUCCAAGAAAAAGAUCAUUCAUCGUGACUUGGCCGCGAGAAAUGUAUUGGUUGGUGACGAAGACGUUUGCAAAAUCACAGAUUUUGGAAUGGCCAGAGAUGUCUGGAAAGAGGACAUAUAUGUCCGAACCCAUGAGGGCCGUCUUCCAAUUAAAUGGACGGCACCCGAAGCUCUAUUUGGAAGUGGUGCAUACACGACACAGAGUGAUGUGUGGAGCUUUGGUGUGGUCAUGUACGAGAUCUUCACUCUCG